GAUUCUGGAGCCCCUGUGAGUGAGCAGCUGACCCAUGCUGGACCAGUGUACUUGUUUGCACAGGUGGAACCUGACAGCACCUUGCAUGGGUUGCAGUGAGCUGAGAUCACAACACUACAAUCCAGCUUGGGUAACAGAGCAAGACUCCAUCUCAAAAAAAAAAAAAAAAAAAAAAAAAAAAGACGCCAUCCUUCCCAUACCAGCCAGAAAGAGAGCAAACCGUGUGGGUGAGAAAUACUGACUGCAGCGGCGGCUUCCUUCAUCUCAGCAACAAGUUUGUGGCAGAGCUUAGUGGAUACCACCCUAUUCACCUUAGAUUUGGAAUACUGAAGCUUUGGAAAUCAUGAAGGCAGAACUUGCUAUGAAAGGACUCCACUGCACUGUCUCCUUCUGUAUUGGCAGAAGGGGCCUAGUGAGCAUCCUUCUUCACCUGUGUCUUGUUCUGGUCUCAGAUGCAUAUUUUGAAUAGUUGCAAGGAAUAUGGAUGUGACAAUUCCUGCCUUACCUCUAGUAGAUCAACAUUACAUUUUCAAGUAAAGGGAACAUAGAUUGGAGGGUGAGCAAGACACAAAACUUGGAAGCCACGAAAAAAGAAAAGAUACACAGAUUUGAAUUCAUAAAAAUUAAAAAUAUUUGUACAAUGAAAGACAUUAUAAAUGAAAUGAAAACACAAUCACAGACUGUAGAGGACCCAGCAGGAAGAGAUGACGAGAGGGAGAUGCAGCUUUGUCACUCAGAGACACCCUCUCCAGAGCCCAGCAACUGUGAGGGACUGAUGGAGAAGUAUGUGGCUGCUAUGGUGCUGAGUGCAGCUGGAGAUGCCCUGGGGUACUACAAUGGGAAGUGGGAGUUCCUCCAGGAUGGGGAGAAGAUACACCGGCAGUUGGCCCAGCUGGGCGGCUUGGAUGCCCUAGACGUGGGAAGGUGGAGAGUUAGUGACGACACAGUGAUGCACUUGGCCACAGCAGAAGCUCUUGUGGAAGCUGGGAAAGCCCCUAAGUUGACUCAACUGUAUUACCUCCUUGCUAAGCAUUACCAAGACUGCAUGGAAGACAUGGAUGGGCGGGCACCAGGUGGUGCCUCGGUGCACAAUGCCAUGCAGCUGAAGCCGGGCAAACCCAAUGGCUGGAGGAUUCCCUUCAACAGCCAUGAGGGCGGCUGUGGGGCUGCCAUGCGGGCCAUGUGCAUUGGUCUCAGGUUCCCACACCAUAGCCAACUGGACACACUGAUCCAAGUGAGCAUCGAGAGUGGUCGGAUGACCCACCACCACCCAACAGGCUACCUGGGGGCCCUUGCGUCUGCUCUUUUUACAGCCUAUGCUGUGAAUACCAGACCACCUUUGCAGUGGGGAAAAGGACUGAUGGAGCUGCUACCAGAAGCUAAAAAGUACAUUGUCCAAUCAGGCUACUUUGUAGAGGAAAAUCUUCAACACUGGUCCUACUUCCAAACCAAAUGGGAAAAUUACCUAAAACUUAGAGGGAUUUUGGAUGGAGAAUCAGCCCCUACCUUCCCUGAGUCUUUCGGUGUGAAGGAGAGGGAUCAGUUCUACACCUCCCUGAGCUACUCUGGCUGGGGUGGCAGCAGUGGGCACGAUGCCCCCAUGAUUGCCUAUGAUGCUGUUCUUGCUGCAGGAGACUCCUGGAAGGAGCUUGCCCACCGAGCCUUUUUCCAUGGUGGAGACAGUGAUUCUACAGCUGCCAUUGCUGGCUGCUGGUGGGGAGUUAUGUAUGGUUUUAAAGGAGUGAGUCCCUCCAACUAUGAGAAACUAGAAUACAGAAACCGGCUGGAAGAGACAGCUAGGGCCUUAUAUUCUCUCGGGUCAAAAGAAGACACUGUAAUUUCCCUUUAGGGAGAUGUGAUGUUCACUUCUGAUGGAUUCUUCUUUUGUGUAUUUCCUUUUCUGCUAUUUCUUUUCAGUUUUUCCAAAGUCAAGAGUCUUAACCUUGUACUCAGGGAAUUUUGAGAUAACAAGUCCCUUGGGCACCUUAAGCUCAGUUUUUUCAGGCUCAUCCUGUUCUUCCAGAAUCUAUCCCUUUUCUUACACUGAAGAGUCUUUUAUCUCAAUUGAUAGGGUCAGCGUCUCGCAAGCAAAAAAUCUCAUGACCUCAUAUUUGAGUCUUCAUUUUCAUCAUCUACUUGUUCUAAAAGUUUUUUCUGUUUGUCUCAAGUUGGGUUCCCACAAAGUGGACUUUGAGACAAAGAUCUGAAUGCAAGCAGUUUAUAUGGGAGAUGAUUCCAGGAAAUACCGAUAUGAGAAUGGGGAAAUGAAACCAGGAAGGGAAGAGAGCUAGUAUGGGGUAUGUUAAUGAGCAGGUUUCCACUGUGGGCGGUUGGCACUCUGCCAUCUGAGUCCUCUGCCUAAAGCAUUCCUCAGAACUGUCCCAUUUGAAGGGCAAGCAAACCUGGGGUAUUUAUCCACUGACUUCCAUCUGACACUGGUUGAGGACCACUGCCAGAGAUGCUAACUCCCUGGUAAUUCUUGGCUUACCCUUUGUACAAACCAAACCUUAGUGUCUUCAGGUAAAGACUCAGAGAUACUUGCAGGGGCAAGCUGUAAAGGGCAUGGGAACAGUGAGGGAUAUAUGUGGGGUCCUAACAAUAUCUGCUAGGCUGGUCUACCUCCUAAAUAUACUUUGAAUCUAUAACCUCUAUUGCCUUCUUGCACUGAGGAUUUUUCAGCCGGAUUUCUGCAAUCCAAGCUACUCAAGUCUGGGAGAUGCUGCUCUGAGCUGCUCUCAGUACUCUCCUCAUCAUGGCAGUUAACACAUUACCAAUUUUGUUAUUGUCUAUUUGCUUGUUUGCAUGAUUUCUAAACAGAACCUAGCACAGUGCUUGGGCAGCCAAUAGGCAUUAAUCUGUAUCUAUUGAGUGUUAUGAACUAGCCUCCUAGCUCGUGCUUCCCUCAUUACCCUCCAGAGUUAUGUUUACGAAUAACAAAUUGACCAUGCUAAACUAAUCAUGUUCCAAUGAAUACAUCACCCUUUCUUCAUUUCCUGAUGCUCUUCCCAAUCCUUGUCUACCUGAUAAUAAAUUCUUAUUUGUCCUUCAAGACCCAACUCAGAUAGAUAGAGCUUCCUGAGUGAAACCUGCUUUGAUUGUUCAGGCACUUGGCCACCUUCUCCUCACUCCUCCCACAGCCUUCUGUCUUGGCCUUGUCAUCACAUCAAUCCUGUUGUGUGGUGCUGUGUGUCUUCUGAGUCAGUCCUAGGCACAUGCUGCCCAGCACAUGUCCACCUGGGAAAUGAGAUGCCAUCGUCACAUUCAUUUGGUCACCCUCAGUCCAGCCAGUGGGCUUGCUCUCAUUUGGCCUGUUCUCAGGGGUGGGAAGGAAGAGCGUCCCUUCCUUCUCCUUUUGAGAAAACCACAGAACUAUGACUCUCAUGAUUUUUCCUUUGUGAAAUCCCUGGUUUUCAGCUGGAAGCGGUGGGGAAAUGAGGUCUGAUGAUAGCAGUCCUGCCACCUUCGAGUUCAUCCCAUAGGAAUGUUUUUCCAAGUCCUUCCAGUCUUUUUAGAACGUGGUGGAGGAGGGUUGUGUGUGCCCCAGGGGGUCGGGGGUAGGGGAUGCAGGGAGGAUCUUAGCAUUUGUUGUUUUCUAGUGCAGGGCUUUAGCCACGAUUGUAAACAACAGGAAAAGGCUCUUUAGAGAUCCUAUUAGAUUUGCUUUGCCGAUUGUCACUCUUCAUCACAGGCACAUUUCAAAAAGAGGUUAGACUUUCAGACUUCUUUUUUCUCAAACCUCAAAACUUCCACCCCAAACUUCGCUCUCAGCUGGUGACUUUGCUUCUUUAUGUGUGUGUAUGUGUGUCAGAGAAAGAGAGAGAGAGAGAGAAGGGAGGAUGAGAAGGAAUGGGGGGAAGAGAUAAACUUUAUGCGUAACAUUAGAGGGUAAAUCAAUAAAGAUGGUCUGACACAUUGUA